AUAUGAGGAACGACUUCUCUCUAGGUUACGGCUUUACUGCCGCCUAGGGUAGGCUUCGAAAUUUCCCUUCUUCUCGUUUAGCCAUCGAUUUAGGCUCGGGAACGGAGGUGGGCGUGUUUUGGUUCUUAUUGGCAAGAUUUGACGGUGGUUUUGCUUUGUUCCAUUCUUCUCGGCAAGCUUGACGACUCAAGCGGGAUAACACUUCGGUGUUGUUUCGUUUCUUGUCUUUUGGCACGGGCGAAGGGUCGGUAGCAGAGAGGUAAUUAGGGAGGCGGAUUUUUCUUCCUUAAAAGCUAUGGAGGACGUGGUAGAACAAUAUAGAAGAUUGGCUUUGGAGAAAGAAAACAGUAGGCUGAAUUUUGAUGAUGAGGAGGAUGAGGCUACCGUGCCACACGUAAAGGUGGCAGAGUUUCCGGUGGUGGGAGUCAUCAAUACCGAUCGGAAAGUCAGAUUUCAGGCAGUACAGGAACUGUUUACAUCGCUCUGGAGGCCUGGAAGAGGAAUGGCGGUUCAAGAGAUUGAUGAAAAAAGGUAUCUUUUUACUUUUAAUCAUAAAAUUGAUAUGAAUCGUGUUAUCGAAGAUGGCCCAUGGUUGUUUGAGCGAAACUUGGUAUUGCUAAAGGCAGUUGGCCCUAAUGAUAUACCACAUAAAAUGGACUUGUUUGAAGCAGAGUUCUGGGUGCAAGUGCAUAAUGUACCGUAUAAGUUUAUGAAUGUUGAUACUGCUAGGAGGGUGGGUAAUUAUAUUGGGGAAUUUAUUAGUUUUGAUGAAAGCCACUUUAAGGAAAAAUGGAGCCCUUACUUGAGGAUUAGAGUAAAGAUGGAUGUGAGAAAGCCCCUAAAAAAGGGUUCUACUUUGACAAAGGGAGGGGAAGGACACUGGGUAGAUUUUAAAUAUGAGAAGCUACCAAGUUUCUGUUUCAUUUGUGGGAUUAUGGGGCACUCUGAGAAAUUUUGCCCUUUAAAAUAUGUGGAGGAUCUCGUGUUGGAGACAAACUUUAGUGCUGAGCUGAGAGCAGGGGGUGGGGGAAAGAUUAGCCCCACAAGGGGUGGUAAGGGAUUGAUGGAUAAACAUGGAGGCCCGAGUCAUCACAGGAGGACUCAGCAAGACGACGAAGGAACUAGGAGACAUGGAAGUAAGGGAAGAACAACUGAGACAGAAAGUAGUGGCACAAAGGAAGAGAAUAGAAGUGGUGCAGGGGAGGUCUCGGUGGAUCAGAAGCGCAGGAGGGUCUGGAAGGAUCCAGCAGAGGAAAACAACUCAGAAGAGGAGAUGGCACUGGACAACACAAAAAACGGGGAGGAGGCGGGCCUCAGCUCUUAGGCCCGCCUAAUGUGUUCGUGAAGAUGUGGAUGCAGCAGUUCCACGGUGGUGUUUAUUUCAUUAUUGCUUGUUUUGUUUCGAUUGGCAUUCAGACUGUUGUUUUUGUUUUUCGUUUUGUUUACUUUUGUAAGACUCUUGCAUUAGGCUCGGGUGAUGAGUGUGCUGCAGUAACCAUUGUUGGCUCAAUUAUGCCCAUUUUAGGAUCAGCGAGUUAUACUGCUUCUUUGAAGGUGGUUAACUCAGAGUCUGGCCCAAGGGCGGAUGGUUAUCAGUGGUACUCUUGUUAUUUUAGAUCCUUGCUGAAUGCUUCUAUUCUAAUAUAAGCCCCCUUCAUCCAAAAAAAAAAAAACAGGGACUUGACACCUGACACCGUUAGAAAUCAUUAGAAGAAGGCGAUGAACAGUAACUCCGAUUUUCAAAAGUGCCCAAUAAAUUAAAAGAAAAAUACCGGAAGGUGCUCGUCAACAAGACGACCACUAGGUCAUCUUUUUUUUUUGUUUCCAACCAUCUUUGUCACCAGAAAGUCCAUCUGAAAAGUGAUAUUGACGAAUUCAUUUUUAAAAAAUACUCCCUCAGUCCCAAAUUGUAUGAUACAUUUACUAUUCACUUGGUCAACACAAAUCACUUUUAAUCUUUUAUUUUAUAUAUCAAAAGUUUAUGAAAUUUGAAUUAUUUUUUGCAGGUUUUGUAGCGGUUUUAAUGUAGUUUCUGAAUAUGUAAAUUUUAUUUUCUAAAAAUAAUUUGAGUGUUGACAGGGAUCAAUUUGCUUUAUCGUCAGUCAAACAUCGUAAACCGUAAUGUAUCUUACAAAUUGGGACGGAGGGAGUAAUUCAAAAAGAUCAAAAAAAUUCCAAAGGGAAAGCUGGUUUGGAGGUCAUCUUGACGAAACAUACUUUUUGGUAUUUUUCUUUUAUUUUUCCGGAUACUUUUGGAAAUCGGAGUUACUAUUCACUGUCACCCUCAAGCGUUUUUUAACGGUGUGACCCUCUUGUGAUAACGGAAUUCAAACACAUGAACCACUCUGAUAAAAAAAUGAAACACAUGACCCUAUCUAAAAACAAGCACAAUUACAAGUACGUUUUCUGUAAUUUUCCCUUCUUUACAGGAAAAAACUUAUAUUAAUAUGAAAUAAUCCAAACAACCAGCAAUAUCCAGAAACCUUAAUCUCCCUCUAACCCACAGUGACCAAAAGCCCACAGACCCCCUCACUCUUAUAUCAGACAUUGAAUAGUAUACCCCGUCCGUAUUUGUUGAGCUGAUUCUGCUGAAAUUUAUGAAAUUAUGGUUGAAGUGGCUGCAUUGGUUGAUUCUGCUAAUUUAAGGAAAAAAAUAUUUUUUAAGUAUAUUUUAUUAAUAAAAUAGCUAAAUAGCUAAAAUAGUAUUUUAAGAAAAAAUUAUAUGUAUUAUAUAUAUUAUUUUAAGAAAAAGUUAUAUGUAAAAUAACUAAAAUGAUCAUCUACACUAACUUUAACUAAUACAACCAGAAGUGCAAAACAUCCUUACACAGAAAUGUAACGAUACAUCUUUACAGAAAGAUUCGUCCCUGUUAACUGCCCCCUUUGCCCCAGCAGUGCAAAAUUGUUUUACGGUUAUCAACUCGCCGACGGUACGCGAAGGUUAUCAAGCGGAGAGGACCUGCACGUUUCUUCCCUUCUCAUUUUAUUCUGCGUCACUAUCUUCCCCAGUUCCCCUUCUCAUCUUCUUCUGCCACAACGAAGAGAGUAACAAAUAAUGGGGUUUUGCAAAGCUGAAGUGAAUUUGAGGAGAUUACUUGAAACUGCACCACAACAGAAAAAUCAAGCAAAGCUCAUACAUUAUGUUGCCACAUUGCGGGAACUGUUGGAGCAGUUGGCCGAAGAAAGGACUCCAGAAGGACUGCCUAGGAUCUCCAAGGCAAAGGUGACUGAAUAUGCUGAAAAAAUUGAAGCUGUUGCAGCUAAAGUUGCUGUACCUGUGGAGUCUCAGGAGCCAGUGGUUGACAAAUUUGAGGUUGAAACUCAUAAAACAGAGGGGGAAAGUAUACACUCUCCUACUGGAGGACUGAGAAGAAGAUUUGUGCCCCCAUUGAAUACUAUGGAAACAUCUCAUGACGCAGUGGAUGCGGACCGAUCUACCCAGGUCAAACUUGAUGAUGCUGCGUUGACACACAUUGAUAAGCAUAGGAAACUUCAGGAGACCUUGACAGAUGAAAUGGUUGUCUUGGCACGACAACUCAAAGAGAGUAGUCUCAUGAUGAACCAAUCAAUUAAAAAUACAGAAAAGAUACUUGAUUCAACAGAGAAAGCGGUUGAGCGUAGCUUGGCGAGUACAGGGAAUGCUAAUGUUCGUGCCAUGAAAGUGUACUCGCAGAGUUUCAAGACCACAUGCUUCACAUGGCUUAUGAUCUUUGUUAUGACCUGCAUCUUUGUUAUGGUCGUGCUUCUCAUACGCAUCACUUAAUUGCAAAAAAAAAACCUCUUUACUUUCAACGCCUGACACCGUGUUCACACAUGGAAGACUCUAAAAUGGAUCUGCUUAUAUCAUGUGAUGUACUACAGUUGGACUGCUGGUUGGCAUUGUUAAUUUGAGGGUGUUUGACAUUAAUUCUUAUUUUGAUUUUCUUUCCGAAUAGAAUAUGAUUUAGAAAUUUUCGGUGUAUGGAAAAUGUCUUCUUUGUGUUUGACAUUUCUUCUAUAGUACUACGUACUACGUAUGAAUUCGUCCUUGUGUGAACUGACAAAAAGGUUAUAAUAAUGUGUAGCAUUUGUUGUAAUAAGAAAGAAUUGAAUACGAAUCUCUGGUUGUCUUUU